GGGGUUACCAGGCGCGCAGGCGCGGUGAGCUGAGGGCGCUCAAGAUGGCGGGGCCGCUGGCGGUGGCCGGCGAUGUGGUGGUGGACGCGUUGCCGUAUUUUGAUCAGGGUUACGAUGCGCCGGGGGUCCGAGAGGCGGCAGCUGCACUGGUGGAGGAAGAGACUAGACGCUAUCGACCCACUAAAAACUAUCUGAGCUAUUUGCCAACACCUGACUAUGCAGCAUUUGAAACUGAGAUCAUGAGGAAUGAGUUUGAGCGAUUGGCAGCUCGCCAACCAAUGGAGCUACUCAGUAUGAAAAGAUAUGAGUUGCCUGCCCCAUCAUCAGGACAGAAAAAUGACAUCACUGCAUGGCAAGAGUCUGUGAACAACUCCAUGGCACAGCUAGAACAUCAGGCAGUGAGAAUUGAAAACUUGGAGCUCAUGUCACAGCAUGGAUCAAAUGCAUGGAAAGUCUAUAACGACAAUCUGGUGCAGAUGAUUGAAAAUGCUCAGAAGGAACUUCAGAGACUGAGGAAACAGAUUCAAGACCUGAACUGGCUGAGGAAAAAUGACCAGCUCGCUGCUGGCAGUAAACUACGUGAAAUGGAAUCCAACUGGGUCACAUUAGUUAGUAAGAACUACGAGAUCGAGAGAGCAAUCGUCCAGCUCGAGAGUGAAAUAAACAAGAUGAAACAAGCACAAGGGGAUGAAAACAAAGAAAAUAUUCGGCAGGACUUCUGAGGGUGGAGAAGAAACUACCUACUUCCAUUUUGUCUUGAAAGUGGACACUCCUGUUUUUAAACUAGUUACAAUGACCAUGCAGGCAGGAUUUUCUGUUUAAGAAAAUAUGGUGUUGUAUUUAAUGUAUUCUUUGUAUUGAGUAGACCAAUAUUCUGUAAUGCCUAGUGGUCCAGACAGGUUUUUAUUUGGACUACUGCCUUUCCCUCCUACAUUCACACACUGUCCAGUAUUAGGUACAUUUAGCAACAAGAGAUCAAAUAUCAAUUGAGAUUUUCACACCAAUCUAGUUCUCAGGAUUAUUUAAUUAUUUGAUGGAAAGUCUUAAUCAGGUUUAUAUUACAUUUUUAUAGUGGCAUAUUUACAAAUAAAAUUGAGUUAAAUGUA